GACCCCAGGGCCGCGGGGGUCAUCUCGGGCGAGGACCCGUACCGCGACUUCGAGCUGUACCUGGAGAAGGUGGCGGCGGAGCUCGAGAUCGGCGAGGUGUUCGAGGAAUGGCAGCAGACGGCAGCCUCGCCACGGGCGGCCGCCCCCAUCGCCGCCCCGGCACCGCCGCCGCCGGAGCCGCCACCCAGACGGUCGUCCCGGACCAGACUGCUUCUGGCCGGAGCCCGGGCCGAGGACGCCGAUGACGUCCCCGACGUGGUGCUGUCCAACGGCGAGGCCUCGCCGCCGCGCCGCCUCAGCAACAACAAGCGGCGCAGUCGCCGCGGCCGGGCGUCGCGGCGCUACAACACCGACACCGUGGUGACGGGCGACUGGUCCGACGAUGUGCUCGCCGACUUCCACGACCUGAUCGUGCAGGAGCUCGCCGCGCUCGCGCUCGAGCAGGCCAGCGACGGCGAGGAGGUGGACGCCGUCGACAUGGUGCGCUUCCGCGUGGGGUCGCGGUCCAUGUCCGCGCCCGUGUCCGGCGCGUCGUCGCCGUGCACGUCGCCGACGCCGCCCCCCGAGGAGCCCCGCCUGCGGUCGCGCUGGCUGCGCCGCAAGACGGUGGACGACGACGCGGUGCUGGUGAGCAUCACGCCGCUGCCCGAGGACGACGACUACCUGGGGCCGCUGUCCGCGCCGCCGGGGUCCGCGUGCCGCACCGCGCUGCCGGACCUGCUGCCCGCCAAGAGGGCCGCCACGCUGCCCGCGGGGCCCGCCGCCCUCCCGCUGCGGCGCCGACCGGGCUCUGGCGGCGACCUGCUCCCCGUGCGCGAGGAGGUGGCCGUCAAGAGGCGCGCCAGCCUCAAGAGGGCCGCCGUCAAGUCCGCCGGGCCGGACCUCAUCACGGAGGAUGACGUGCCGACGCAGACCGGAGGGCUGCCCCUGGCGCUGCACAACCUGCUGCAGAAGCUGCGGCCCACCAGCCGGCACGGCAGCCUCAAGCUGCCCAAGGACUCCACCACGCCCGCCAACACGCCCACCACGCCGGGCAGCCCCCUGGACGCGCCGGAACGGCCGCCGUCCUUCCCGCUCCGCCUGGAGGCCCCGGAGGGCCUGGGCGAGCAGGGCUGCUUCGUGGCGCCCACCGCCGUGGAGCUGGUGGCCGUUGACGCGGGCACGCAGACGUCGCCCGCGCUGUCCAGGAGCUCGUCCUUCACCUGGGUGUCGGACUGCUCGUCGCUGCCGCUGCCCGACACCCCGGACACGCCCGGCUCCCUGUCCGAGGAUGACCGGUCGUCGUCGUCCUCGUCAGGCCGAGGCUGCAGUCGCGGUGCCGACGGCGCCCUGGACGCGCGGCCGCGGCAGGCGACCAGCGCGUCGACGGACGACUGCCUGAGCUCGGUGGACUCGGCGGGCGGGGACUCGCACUCGCCCACGCCGCCGGAGUCGCCGGUGCUGCGCGCCAGGGCCGCGAGGGCCGCGCGGUCGUCGGGCAGGGCCGCCGAGCGCGCCGAGCAGAGGCCGUGGGGACGCGAGGACGCCGAGGCCGAGGGCCACGAGUCGGGCAUCGGCACGGCCUCGCCGCCGCCGUCGCACGCCAGCAGAAACCUGCGGUCCAGCGUGCGGCGCAACAAGGACACCUGGGAGCGCCUGCACUGGGGCUCGACGCCGGGCCAGACGCCGGGCCAGACGCCGGGCCAGGACACGUCCCCGGGCAGCGAGCGGCGGUGCGACGCCUGGGUGCGGCGAGAGUCGGUGGAGACGCAGACCUCGUCGCCGGGCGCGGCCGUCGCCGACCACGGCGUCACCGCGGCCUCGGCGCCCACGCCGGACUCGGACAACGACAGGGCCUCGUCCACGGCCGCCACGCUCGGCGAGGAGGCGGCCGACGCCGCGGACUCGGACAACCAGACCGUGGACUCGUCCAGCGGCGUCGACGAGUCGGCCGACACCGGGUCGGCGCUGUCCGUCACCUCGCUGCCGCAGCCUCGCCCCCAGCGGCCGCAGGACCUGCCGCUCUCGGCGCUGGUGUCGCGUGGGCCCGGGGCGGACUGCCUGACGGCGCAGAGUCCGUCCACCGUCUCGCUGCGCCUGUCCGCGCCGCUGCCCUCCGAGCUGGGCUCCAAGUCCUCGUCGGCGCCGCUCCUGGUCAAGCCCCUGGACGCCGAGGGCGCGGCCGGGCAGGGCGGCGGCGUCGGGCUGCGGGGCCGUGCCGCGGACGACAGGAGGAUCUUCCGGAAGCCACGGUCGCACUCGGAGCGCCAUCUCGCAGAGAUCGAGGCGGCCGAGGCGUGCAAAUGGCUGCGAGCGGCGGGAUUUCCUCAGUAUGCGCAGAUGUACGAAGACCUGCAGUUUCCAGUGGACGUGGCGGCCGUGGCCAAGGACCACCCGUUCCUGGAGCAGGACUCGCUGCAGUCGCUGUUCCGGCGGCUGCAGGCCCUCAACCGCACCGCCAACAUGAAGGUGGACAACCUCCAGGGACAGGGCGACGACUCCGACGAGGACGACCAGUGCGCGCUGAGCGAGAACUGGACCUUCCAGCCCGAGUCCCGGCGCUGGUCGCGCGUGUGCGACGUGAGCGCGGAGCACGCCGAGCGGCUGCAGGCGUUGUCGGCGCAGGCCCAGCAGCAGGGCGACGAGCCGCUGGCCGUGGAGCCCGUGGAGGGCGGCGACGGCGACGUGGUCAUCUCGGCGGUGCGCUUCGGCAGCCUGCCCUUGGCGGGCAUCGGCGGCCACGGCCUGCCCACCGAGUCCGACCUGCUGGCCGUGCGCUUCCGCCGCAGCGGCUCGGAGCGGCUGCGCGACGGCGCCAAGGCCCUGCUGCGCCGCAUGGAGUCCCUCAAGACGCGGCGGCGCAAGCGGCAGAACCGCGAGGGCGUGGUGAUCGGCAGCCCGCAGGUCCUGGACGUGGCCACCAUGCAGCAGCGCAUGCGCGACCUCAACUGCGUCGACGUGUCCCCCACGGAGCAGGCGCCGCCGGCCUUCCCGCCGCCCUCGCCCGGACGGGGCUCCUCGCCGUCGCCGUCCUCGGACCACGGCAACACCAGCGGCAACGCCAGCGGCGGCUCGCAGGGCUCGCUGUCCCGGCCGUCGCGCUUCACGCGCGCCACCCGCCGCCUGCUGAGCCGCGACAACACGGACCCCGGCACGGCGGGCUCGGCCUUGGGCUCGGCCUUGGGCUCGGCCGGCGCGUCGCUGUCCGACUCGGAGUGCCACCCGGCCAGCUGGCGGCAGUGCUACCUCAAGGACGCCAACAGCAACAACACCAAGGUGCUCGAGCUGGUGCCCGGGGCCGCGGCGGGCUGCCCCGGCCCGGACGCCGAGGACGACCACGGACAGGCCGCGAGGAAGCGGCCCGCCAGCGAGCGCAGCGCCAGCGGCCACCCCCGCGGCCAGGGCCAGCCCCACACCCGGACGGGCAGCCUCCGCGACAGGGACAAGGCGUCGCCAGGCUUCCGAAGAGGUAUCUCGGUUGAAAGCGGCCACACCGUCCACCCGACGCCGCCCGCCUCCAUGCCGCCUCCGCCCUCCCCCGUGCGGACCAGCAUCAUCCCCAGCACCCCCCUCGGCACGCCGCUCGGCACGCCGCUCGGCACGCCCCUGGACGACAUGAGGAGCAGCACGUACGACAACGUGCCCGCGGCGCCGGCCUCCCCGGGGUACGCGUCGUCCGCGUCGCCGACGUCCCCCGGCCACGCGGUGCAGGCCGGCCUCCACGCGCGCGCGCAGCCCUCGCACAGCGCGAGCCCCACCCCGGACCGCUCGCCGCAAGACAUUUGGAUGGCUUCUGCGGCGGAACUGUCUGCUAGUCACGAUUCCAACAGUACUUUGGCAUCACAACCAGACAGUGAGCGAGAGGACAGUGAAGGAAAUACCAAACACAGAGGGACUGUCGUUCGAUGGCAUAGCUUCCAGCGAGGUUCCACUGGAAGACCGGAUUCACUGGGGCCCACUGGGUCUGUUGGACCUUCUCCAGGAAGGGUGUCUGUUAGUGCACUGUCAUGUGGUCAGCUCUUGGUUUUGAGGAAAUUAGCUCUCUUGAGACUAACUGCCUGCAUGGAGCGGUACUGUCCCACACACCGCACAGGCUGGAACUGGGAGCUGCCAAAAUUCAUCCGCAAAAUUAAGGCUCCAGACUACAAAGACAAGACAGUCUUUGGUGUUCCUCUCUUAUUGUCGCUGCAAAGGUGUGGGCAAGCCCUACCUCCAGCAAUCCAGAAGGCUCUGCGGUGGCUUCGGGCCAAUGCCCUUGACCAAGUUGGAAUUUUCCGGAAAUCUGGAGUGCGAUCUAGAAUACAACGACUGAAAACUGCUGUUGAAACUCAAGGGGAAGAUGUUUCCUUUGAGGGUCAGCAGGCAUAUGAUGUUGCUGACAUGGUGAAACAGUUUUUCCGUGAGCUUCCAGAAGCUCUUCUCACUAAUAAACUAUCAGAAACCUUCAUUUCUAUUUUCCAACAUGUCCCACAAGGGGAUAGAGCAGAAGCAGUUAGUUGCGUGCUGUUGCUGCUACCUGAUGAGCAUAGAGAAGCACUGCGAGCUCUUCUAGAAUUCCUUGCAACUGUCACCACCAGAGCUGAUGUCAAUCAAAUGUCUGCAAGCAAUUUGGCUGUAUGCUUGGCACCAUCUCUCCUCAGACUGCAUCACCAUUCUCCUACAUCAUCAUCACCUUCGUCACCUGCGGGUCGUUCAACUUCUGCCAGUCCCAGGCGGAGGAAUAAAAGUAUUGGAGCUCCAGAUCCUAGAGAGCUUGGUGAAAACCGUGCUGCUCACGAUUGUGUCCUUCAUUUGAUCCGGUGUCAUAGGGAUCUGUUUUCGGUCACUGAGGAAACCUUGGCACAAUGCCAUUUCACGUACAUGGAUGAAAGUGUACCUGUGGCUCUUGAGGAGCUUGGUUCUGAGUUAAGUCAGGAUUGGCGGGGAUAUCUGCAUGCAUGUGUGAAUGCCCUGCUUAGAGAGGCACGCGAUCGAAGUCGUGGGUGGGUUAGUGUGAGCGGUGGUCCAGAGCCUGCUGUUGAUGUGGCAUAUCGCAAAGUUGGGGAUGGACACCCUCUGAGGCUGUGGCGUGUUUCAACAGAAGUUGAAGCUCCCCCUGGAGAACUUCUGCAAAGAGUGUUACGUGAACGUCAUUCAUGGGAUCAAUCUCUUUUGAAGUGGCGGGUUGUCGCAAGACUGUCUGAGCAGACAGAAGUAUUUCAAUAUGUUUGUGCUGAUAUGCCACCACUUCCCAACAGAGACUAUUGUGUUGUGAGAUCCUGGAGAUCAGAUUUGCCUAAAGGGGCAUGUGUAGUGGUUGAAACUUCCGUGGAGCAUGUGCAUGCACCUCUCCUUCCAGGUGGUGUUCGUGGCAUUGUUUUGGCAAGCCGAUACCUCAUUGAGCCUUGCGGGUCUGGAAAAUCUCGCAUAAUGCAUCUUUCUAGAGUUGAUACAAAGGGUCGAACACCUGAGUGGUACAAUAAAAGCUAUGGACACCUUUGUGCCCAGCAUCUUGCCAGGAUCAGAGCAUCUUUCCGACACAAUGCAGAGGGACCUGAAAGCAAGGUCUGACUGUUAGCCCCGGCCCUGUCGACGUCCCAGUCUUGGGAUUGCUCACAGGGCCACUCACCCUCGCAGUCCCCAGCCCGCUCUGUGAGUCGAGCCCAGAGCUGCUCCCCAAAUCACUCACCAUGCCAUUCCUCUAGCCGCUCUGAUCUCCUUCAAGUAGAAGAGGAAAGCAGUGAUUUGUCAGACUAGGCUGACUAGAUUGAGAAACAUUUUUAUUUGUCAAGCAUUGACAUGUUCUAUGAUACAGUUGUGCAUCCUUUGUAUGCAGGCAUUAUCUCAAUCUUUGUUGAAGUGAUUGAUUGUGGUAUGGAACAAAAUGUGAAAAGAGUGCAUGUUUGUACAUUAUGAGAGUUACUCUGUUCGUGUACAAAUUGUAGAGGUAUUCUUUUAAGUGCUAGGAUUAGGUCUAAUCAGUCUAUACAAACCUUAACAACUGAGAAUCGCAAGGUGAUGCUCAAGUCACACCCAUCCAUACCAUUUAGUUCACUUACACUACAUUAAUUAUCUCAGUGUCUGCUUUCCUCCAUGUGAUUUUAGCAUAGUAAUUAAGUUUAUUAUUGUUGCAUAUCUUAAAAGUUUAUUUGUAAAUUUUAUUGGAAGAAAUUCUGAAUUUGUGUGUAUGAAACCUGUGUGAAGAUUUAUAUAGUUAUUGUAAUUGUCAUCUUAAUUUUUCCCAAAGGAUGUGUGUUGUGGGUAUUAAAAUUUGUGAGCAGUGGAAUAUAUAACCAUAUUUGCCAGAACCAAAAAUUUUUUGUCUGUAGGUAAUUGCCAUACCUACUUGUUUUAGUUGUUUUUAAAAUGUUUUAAUGUACUCCCUGUUAAAGUAUAAGAUGUGGUGCAAAUGAACUUCCAGAAUUCAGGGUGUUCAUCAGUAAGCUAGUCACAAAACACAGUAAGAACUUGUCCUGUUAUUUGAUUGUUGUAAUUUUUUUUUUAGUAGCUCAGGGAUGUGAAGGAUUGAGAAAAAUAUAAACAAGUGUCACUGUGUGAAAAUAUUUGAGUGGGACCAUAGCUGAGUCAUCAAAAGAGAUUGUGCUAAAGUGAUGAUUUUUCUUUUCAAUGUCAUUUAACUUUUUUUGCCCGAAUGACAGGUGAAUUUUGAAUGUGAAUUUCAGUUCUCUCCAAAGCAUUUAAUAGUAUGUUGUUGUUGUUGUUGUUUCUUUAGGGAUUUUUGUCUUUUAAUGCAUUCACUUACCAUUCCUCAUCAGUUUUGUAACUUUUUAAAAUGUGUGUUCAUGAGUACCUCAGUUUUUGAUAUAUUUUUAUUUAAAGUAAAAAAAAAAAGAAUGUUUUGAGACCGAAUGUCUGCAUUUCUUUUCUUCAUUUUUUUGUCAAGUCUGGAAAACACAAUGGUGUAAAGACCAAGUGUAAACCUUUCACUAAAAUCAUUGUAUUUAUCUAUUUUUCAUAAAUGCAUUAAAAAUAUUUUGUAUCAGUGA